AGCGUCUCAUCGAUACCUCACCAUCACGAAUACCUAAAGGUUAGCAUUAUGUUUCCUUUAACACUGUAGUAUCCCUUCGACUAACGUACCUGACGACAGAAUAUCAACCGACAACCACAUAUCGGCAGACAACCAACAAUAUCACCAACCGCACGUCAACACGACCCCCAUUACGACCAACCGACAGAGUCCGGAAGAGUCAAGAACCUCGAGCCGACAACACGAGUCGACGACAAUCCCCCAGAAUCCUCGACAUCACACCCUCCGUCCUCACCUCUAUCACCACAGUACGUCGAGGUAACCAUGGCUUCCCGACCUACAACCCCCAUCAACCCUCUUCUCCAGGCUCCCACGACCCCCAUCCGCACGGACAAUCGUGCACUCAGCCCCCCCUCCAAAUCACCCAUCGCCACUCCUCCUCCCCCCUCUCCCAUUCCCUACCUCCCCUGGCGCGACCAAAUAACCUGGGACCACCUACUCCACUCAGCACCCAUCGUCGACAACUUUGACGACGAAUCCGACAUCGAGACCCUCGCGCCGCAGACUCCACCAGACAAGAUCCUUCUCUCCAAAGAGCGUCAGGCGAUCCUCCAUCAACGACUCCGAGCAGGCCACGGAACUCAUCGUGUCCAUUAUAUCGUAUACGAUGACUACCGAGCCGACGUCCACAGCACCAACAUCCCGGACUCGCAUAUGAUUUUGGUGACGGGUGACCCGAGGCAAAACGGAGGUAUCCUUUCCUUCGAUGGCGUGGAUGUAGAGGAGGGAAUGCUCGUUGAGAAACGGGAUGGGUUUUGGGGGGUGUAUGAGGUUGAUUGGGAUGAGGAAGAGGAAGAAGAGGAGGAGGAGAUGCCAGUUGAGCAGCAGAUUUACCAGGUGUUUCUCGAUGGGGCAGGAGGGGACCACGAAGAGGCUUGGGAUGUAUAUCAGCGAUUUCAGGCGCACAAGCAACGACAAGCGCGAAAGGAACGGGUUUACCAGGUUAUGCUGGAGGAGUUGGAGGGAAAUGAGGCGCUGGCGCGGGAGGUACAUGCACGCUGGUGCGAGGAGGAAGAGCAGCGGGAAGAUUCCGAAGAUGAAGGGGAAGAGGAGACGAGAGAUGAUGAUGAGCAGAACGUCUUUGCUCGAGCGACGAUGUGGGCAAAGGGGUUCAAAAUGGGAUACGAGCUGCGCGACGCGUCACUCCAGAAGUCGCCGACGAAGUCUGUAUCGUCAGCUGACGUACAGUUGCGCGACUCGUCAAUCCUCCUGAAGUCGCCGACGAAGUCCGUAUCGUCUGAUGUUCCCGAGGAUAGCAAUCAGUCAAGCAAGUCGAAGAAAGAGCCAGACGUCUACGAUUGUUUGGGCGAAUGGGCGGUGCUCUUGAAUGGGGAGAGCCCCCGAAGAAAGACGACAACCGGGAACAUGUACGAGAGCACCGACAGCUUGAUCGAUACCUCUAUGGAGCAGGACCAAGACGUCUACGACUGUCUCGACGAACGGGCCAGGAGCCUCGAGCAUGGCACCAAGCACGCUGCUUUCUUCCACGAAGCCUCAAAGUUCGUAGACAACAAUGGCAGCGCCAAGCUCAUCGAUAUCGCAACAAAGACGGCCGAUGUGUACGAGUGUCUUGGCUUCACAGAUAUCGACGACAACGGCAAAGUAUCCAACGAAACCGCAGCGGGUACGCCGAAUACUUCUGGAGAUUUUUUGCAUCAUCGUCGCCAUUCCUUGACCAGCUUUUGGAAGGUCAACGCAGAUAGGUUGAGUGGCCGGUCACUUGAAAGCAGUUGUGUAUGUGGCAAUGGAUGGGCAAGAUAG